GGGCCUGGGUUGAGGCCACCCUGUCCCCGAGGCUGGCCUCACCGAAUCUCCAGAUCCUGAACGCUUUCCUCUUCUGCUUCAGGCACCCGUGUGAACCAAGGUUUUGCCCCAUCAGGAAGGUCGUGUGUCGUCGGGCCAGAGACAACAGACUGCGCGCACCUAAGGAGCUGCCCUGCUCGGCCUGGAACCGGCUGCCUUUGCGUCUGUCCACCUGCCACACAGCUGAAACUUGACCCCAGAGCAUCUGCAGAGAGUGAGGGAAGGACUAGAACAUACUAGAUCAUGCUCUAAAGACCCCUGCGACAAGACCCAGGAAGCUGUGAGCUCAGCCCAGAUCCGAAGCCGCGCUGCCCCCCCUGCCCGCCAUGGCCUCCGCUGACAAGAAUGGCGAGAGCGUCUCCUCCGUGUCCAGCAGCCGCCUGCAGAGCCGGAAGCCGCCCAAUCUGUCCAUCACCAUCCCUCCACCCGAGACCGCGGCCCCUGGCGAGCAGGCCAGCAUGCUGCCCCAGGGAGCCACAAAAGAGCCAGCCCGGGCUCUGGGCUCCACCAAGUCCCAGCCUGUCCUCCCCCAGAGGCCCAGGAACCCAGCCUACGUGAAGAGUGUCAGCCUCCAGGAGCCACGGGGACGAUGGCAGGAGGGCAGCUCAGAGAAGCGCCCAGGCUUCCGCCGCCAGGCCUCCCUGUCCCAGAGCAUUCGAAAGGGCACAGCCCAGUGGUUCGGGGUCAGCGGCGACUGGGAGGUGAAGCGGCAGCAUUGGCAACGCAGGAGCCUGCACCACUGCAGCGUGCGCUACGGCCGCCUCAAGGCCUCGUGCCAGCGGGACCUGGAGCUCCCCAGCCAGGAGGUGCCGUCCUUCCAGGGCACCGAGUCUCCAAAACCCUGCAAGAUGCCCAAGAUUGUGGAUCCACUGGCCCGAGGACGGGCGUUCCGCCACCCGGACGAGGUGGACAGGCCCCAUGCCCCACACCCGCCCCUGACCCCCGGGGUCCUGUCCCUCACAUCCUUCACCAGCGUCCGCUCUGGCUACUCCCACCUGCCCCGCCGCAAGAGGAUGUCUGUGGCCCACAUGAGCUUUCAGGCUGCCGCCGCCCUCCUCAAGGGGCGCUCCGUGCUGGAUGCCACGGGACAGCGGUGCCGGGUGAUCAAACGCAGCUUUGCCUACCCCAGCUUCCUGGAGGAGGACGUGGUCGAUGGGGCAGACACAUUUGACUCCUCAUUUUUUAGUAAGGAAGAAAUGAGCUCCAUGCCCGACGAUGUGUUUGAGUCUCCCCCGCUCUCUGCCAGCUACUUCCGGGGGAUCCCACGCUCGGCCUCCCCGGUCUCCCCCGAUGGGGUGCAGGUCCCUCUGAAGGACUCUGGCCGAGCCCCGGCGCCCGGGGCCAGGCGCAGCAGGCGCCUCGCCUCCACGGUGAAGCACUUUGCCUUUGACCGCAAGAGGCGGCACUACGGCCUGGGCGUGGUGGGCAACUGGCUGAACCGUAGCUACCGCCGCAGCAUCAGCAGCACCGUGCAGCGCCAGCUGGAGAGCUUCGACAGCCACCGGCCCUACUUCACCUACUGGCUGACCUUCGUCCACGUCAUCAUCACGCUGCUGGUGAUCUGCACGUAUGGCAUUGCACCCGUGGGCUUUGCCCAGCACGUCACCACCCAGCUGGUGCUCAGGAACAAAGGUGUGUAUGAGAGUGUGAAGUACAUCCAGCAGGAGAACUUCUGGAUCGGCCCCAGCUCGAUCGAUUUGAUCCACCUGGGAGCCAAGUUCUCGCCCUGCAUCCGGAAGGACCAGCAGAUCGACCAGCUGGUGCUUCGGGAGCGAGACCUUGAGCGGGACUCGGGCUGCUGUGUCCAGAAUGACCACUCGGGCUGCAUCCAGACCCAGCGGAAAGACUGCUCGGAGACUUUGGCCACUUUUGUCAAGUGGCAGGAUGACACGGGCCCCCCCAUGGACAAGUCUGAUCUGGGCCAGAGGCGGACAUCGGGGGCAGUGUGCCAUCAGGACCCCAGAACCUGUGAGGAGCCAGCCUCUAGCGGCGCCCACAUCUGGCCCGACGACAUCACCAAGUGGCCAAUCUGCACAGAGCAGGCCAAGAGUAACCGCACGGGCUUCCUGCACAUGGACUGCCAGAUCAAGGGCCGCCCGUGCUGCAUCGGCACCAAGGGCAGCUGUGAGAUCACCACCCGGGAAUACUGUGAAUUCAUGCACGGCUAUUUCCACGAAGAGGCAACACUCUGCUCCCAGGUGCAUUGCUUGGACAAGGUGUGUGGGCUGCUGCCCUUCCUCAACCCCGAGGUCCCAGAUCAGUUCUACAGGCUCUGGCUGUCUCUGUUCCUCCACGCUGGCGUGGUGCACUGCUUCGUGUCUGUGGUCUUCCAAAUGACCAUCCUGCGGGACCUGGAGAAGCUGGCCGGCUGGCACCGCAUCGCCAUCAUCUUCAUCCUCAGCGGCAUCACCGGCAACCUCGCCAGUGCCCUCUUCCUCCCCUACCGGGCGGAGGUGGGCCCGGCCGGGUCACAGUUCGGCCUCCUCGCCUGCCUCUUCGUGGAGCUCUUCCAGAGCUGGCAGCUGCUGGAGCGGCCCUGGAAGGCCUUCCUCAACCUGUCGGCCAUCGUACUCUUCCUGUUCGUCUGCGGCCUCCUGCCCUGGAUCGACAACAUCGCCCACAUCUUCGGCUUCCUCAGCGGCCUGCUGCUAGCCUUCGCCUUCCUGCCCUACAUCACCUUCGGCACCAGCGACAAGUACCGCAAGAGGGCCCUCAUCCUGGUCUCGCUGCUGGUCUUCGCCGGCCUCUUCGCCUCUCUGGUCAUCUGGCUCUACGUCUACCCCGUGCACUGGCCCUGGAUCGAGUACCUCACCUGCUUCCCCUUCACCAGCCGCUUCUGUGAGAAGUACGAGCUGGACCAGGUGCUGCACUGACCCCCUGCCCCCCGGGCGGGGCAUCGCUGCUGCUCACGGGGCGCUGAGGGCCCGGGGCCCGGGCCAGGCUGCAGAGCGCCCCCUCCCCCGCGCUCCGGAGACCCACUGCCAGGGGCCCGGGCCCUCCCUCCACCAGGCGAGAACGUCACAAAGGCGGGUUCCCCCGGGGCAGCGAGGCGCCCCCUUCCUCAGGCUGGGGGACACUCCGCGCACGGGCUUCUCUGCAGCUCAGGGGCUCAGGGCCGUGCCCACCUGUCGCUCCCCUGCUGGCGGGACCACUGCCUAGGGGUGGGCUUCUUUCUUUCCCAAGGUCCUCAGGCUUCGCCCAUCACCCCCCUCAGCCUCUGCUGGUGCCCCCCGGCCACACACACACACACACACACAUACCCCAUUGCUGUGAGCGUGCCCUUACUGGGACGUGGCCAGGGUUCCCACACCUGCCUCACCACGCCAGCCCUCCUUCCUGUUUCUCCUCCCCUCUCUGCCCUAAGAGCCCGGGCCCCUCGUUCAUCGGUGGCCUGGUGAGCCUGCCCUUGACGUUCCUGGAGCAGACUUGUGGGAAGGGCUUUGCCACGGUCUGGGGCAGAGAAGAGCAAGGAGGCACAGCUGGGCUGGGAAGCUGAGAGCCUUUGCUUGUUCCGAGCAGACAGAGGCUGUCCCCUCUGUGUCCCUCUUGGGCCUCUCUUGGAGUCAGUGUUCUGCCUCAUGGGGCUGGCUUCGAGAAGGCCGGCCCUACUCCACUCUGCCUCACUCCUGCCCAAGUUGGGGCGGGGGCUGGGCUACUCACUCCUGCCCGAGUUGGGGUGGGUUCCCCAGGGGUUGCCCAAGGCUCGGUCAGACCCAUUUUUUUACUGGUUUAUAUUAAGGUUCUAAUUUUUAAAAGUAACGCUAACUUUAUAUGGAUGAUGUCUCAAAUGUAUUAAAUGAUAGUCUUUAGAAGUAA